AUGGAGAAACUCUUGGAUCUUUUAUCAGACAAAACCAGCAUUCCAAAAAACCACGAAACAACCCAUGAAUGCUCAGAGUGUGGGAAAUCCUUCGCUCACGGGUCCCUCCUUUUGACCCACAGGAAGAUCCAUGUGGGAAAUGGAUCCAUUCAAAGUUUGGGAAGUGGAUCCAUUCAAAGUUUGGAGGGUGAGAAAUCUUUCUCUGGAACAGAUGCCAAAGAUCUCAGAAUCCCCACAAGACUAAAACCUUAUAAAUGUGAGGAAUGUGACUUAUGCUUUGAUCGAAAGUCAGAACUUCUUAAACAUCAAAAAAUCCACACUGGUGAGAAACCUUAUCAAUGUUUGGAAUGUGAGAAAAGUUUCCCUAAAAAAGCCAAUCUCAGAAACCAUGAGAGAAUUCACACAGGGGAGAAACCCUACAGCUGUGAACAAUGUGGAAAGAACUUUGCUCAGCAUGCACAUCUUUGGAUCCAUGAACAGAUCCAUGCAGGAAUCAAACCUUACAAAUGCUUUGAGUGUGGAAAAGGCUUCGUCCAGAGUUCAGCUCUUCGGAGUCAUGAGAAAAGACACACAGGGGAGAAAAAUGAAAAGUGCCUCGAAUGCGGGAAAUGUUUUACCUGGAAAUCAAACCUGGUGCAACAUCAGAGACUUCACACUGGAGAGAGACCCUAUGAAUGCCCAGAAUGUGAGAGACGAUUUGUAAAUUCUUCUGAACUUCAGAGGCACCAGAAGAGGCACAAAGGAGAAAAACCCUAUAAAUGUGGGGAGUGUGGGAAAAGUUUUCUUACUCCAAGAGAGGUUCAGAAACAUGAGAGAAUCCACACAGGGGAGAAGCCAUUCAAAUGUGGGGAGUGUGGGAAAUGCUUUUCCGAAAAACACAACCUUGGGAGGCAUCAGAGGGUCCACACAGGAGAGAAGCCAUACAGAUGCAGAGAAUGUGGAAAAUGCUUUGCUCAAAAUGGAGAUCUUUGGAGUCAUCAUAAAACCCACACUGGGGAGAAGCCAUAUCAAUGCAAUGAAUGUGGGCAAUUUUACCACUGUGGGAGAACAUUUGGUAAGUCCUCUUCACUUAAAAGUCACAGCCGAAUCCAUACAGGAGAGAAGCCCCAUAAAUGCUCAGAGUGCAAUAAAUGUUUUUCUCAGAAAAGUACUCUUGUAAUACAUCGACGAAUCCACACUGGAGAAAAACCGUAUAAAUGUUUGGACUGUGGGAAAUGUUUUGCCCAACCUGCAGCAUUUCACAGGCACACCCGAAGUCACACAGUAAAGUGA